CACCCCCCACCUCAACUGUUCUGAAAGUCUCCACAAAGUGUCCGCCGUCCUGCCAUGCCGGGAGUGUAACGCGCCUCGGAUCGCCGCUGCUCUGCUGCCUUGCGCGCCACAGUCAUGGCCCCGUUUGGAAAAAGCUUCCUGAAGGCUCGACUGAAAAACAGGACAAAAGAUGCCGAGCCUGUGGUAGGAAAGGAGAUUCAGGUUACCGUCUGUAACGAGGAGAAAGUUGUCUGUGGAGUAACGAAGCACACGACAUGUGCAGAUAUGAUUCAGGCGUUACUGGAGGAUCACAAGUCAAUCCCAGAGAGCAAGCGUCUCCUGCACGGGGAACCCAAAGACUUCUGUCUCGUCGAGCGGUGGAAGGGUUUUGAGAGAGCCUUGCCUCCUUUAACCAGAAUCCUGAGACUCUGGUAUGCUUGGGGUGACCAGAGACCCUUCAUCCAGUUUAUUCUGGUCAAAACCAGCGAUUUUGUGCCUCAGCCCACCAAGAAAGGUGGAAAGUCCAAGGGGACCAAGCCGAAGCGAUGGGAGCACAGUCGCGCUCAGUACACCCAGUCUCUGCCAGUGGAGAAGCAAAAGCGCAUCGUGAAGAAAGCCUUCCGGAAGUUGGAAAAGCUUCACAAGGACAGCAUGAGCUCCCCAGGCGCUGAGGAAAUCGACCGAAUGGUGCAACUUAUUCUCGACCAGGACCACACCAUCCGAGAGCAGAUCAAGCACAUGAGGGAGCUGGAUUUGGAGAUCGAGCAGUUUGAUCUGCAAGAGCAGAAGAAGGAAGCCGAGUCUGAGAGUCUGGUCGCUCAGGCUUGUGGUGUGAGUGUGGAGGCGCACGGCGAUAGCGCAGCGCAGCUGCAGGAGUAUCUGUUCACUAGCGAUGGAGUCGAACAGCUCGAGCUGCAGGUUCAGAGGCACCAGGAGCUCAUCCUCCAGCUGUCCCAGGAUAUUGACACUGAGCUGAGGAGGGCCAACUUCCCUCUGAGCCAAUAUGAGAACAGUGAGCAGGAAGGAGCUGCUGCUGCUUCCUGGAUCCCCGUGGAGACAGACGAAUCUUUCUACACUGCUGAACUCGAAAGGCUGCAGGAUGAACUGCAGCACAGUCUCUUCACUGGUGUGUCCCUGCACAACCAAUCUGCAGAAAUAGAUAAGCAGCUGAAGUACUGUGACGCUAUGUUGCUCUCCAAGGAUGAGGAGUGCUGGCAGCUGGCUGCCCACCUGAGCUCACUGCAAAUUGAGGACAGAGGAGAAGAAGAGCACCCCAGUCCUGUCCCUUUGAAAAGUGAGACUCAGUGCAGCAUCUCACAGACAGUCACUCAGUGCAGCGUUUCACAGACAGUGAAACUCAAACACAGCCUGUCGCCUCUAGACAUUACAGACACAGACUCAGACACUGGGAUUAGUUCCACACACAGUCAGGACUCGCUGUCACCAUGUCUCGACUUCCCUCCCCCACUGGACACAGAUGUUUGAACAGCCCAGUUGAGCCUGCAAUUUAAUGUUCUGUCCGCACUGGCCGCGGUUUGUGCCUGUCACGUCUUAUCAUUACAUUUGAGUCACAGAGCUAAGCAUCGGUUUUCCCACAGUAAGAAUCCCAGUGUGCAUUUAUGAAGAGUAAAGGGCAGUCAACUGAAAUAGUUGAUUGGCAGAAAGUAAUCUGCAUUUAUUUUAGUGAUUGUGGAAUUAACUAUUUCAGUCAUUGUUUAAGCAAAAAGCAUUUUUUGGUUUCAAACGUAAAGCUUCUGAAAGAAGACGAUUGGUUAACAAAACAAAAACACGAUGUGGAUGUUAAGUUGAAAUAUGUUAAAGACAAAUACCGCCUGUCUUGAUGUUAACCAAAACCAACACAUUUUAUCAUCAGCUAUAGUCAGUUUCUCUUCAACAUUUCCAUACAGAAAAAAUAAAUCAUCAAUCAGCAAUAAAUCAUUUUUGCACUGGGAAAUGAGUUAUAAUGUUGGAAAUAGGUUUAAAAUACUUCUGUUCGGUCUCAAAUCCAGAUGGACAGAGGAAAUACCUUCAACGACAGGUUUAAGUGUUUCUGAAUAAGCUUCAGGCUUUCAGAAAGGCAAACAGAUGCUCGUGCCUGCGAUUCAAAAGCUGCUUUAAGAAGCGAGGACUUUUUCUGCCCGAAGCAUCACCAGGCUUAGUUUCUUACGUGUUGUUGUUUUUUAGUUUCUCGAUCAUGAUGAAUGUAUGCAUGUCUCCUGUCUUAAAGUUCUCAAGCUAUUUAUGAAGCCGCACUUCUUUGUAGAAACGUAUAAAAUAUGUUAACGAUUGUUUUAUAUUAAAACAAACAGCUAGCUGAAUUUAAGUUUUAACAUUCCUCUUGACUGUACUUUCAAUAGACUGCUGUAACCAACUGCUGUAAAUGAUUGGUCUUAUGACACAUGCACAAUUUGUAAGGACAAUUUGCUUAAAAAAAAAACAAACAAACAAAAAAACCUACACACACACAAAAGCUCUUAUUUGUCAUGUAAGUGUAUUUUACAGAUGAAAUGUGAUUAUAACUACUGAUCUGAUCAAACACAUCAUAUUCAGAGCAAAAAUAGCACAAAUACACUGGGCUCUAUCUCUGUGCCAAUCAUGCUUAAAGACAACAGCUCUGAUAAAGUAAAAUGUACAUUUCAACUUUCAUAAUAAACACUAAUACUCUUCA